UGUCAUAUUUUGUUUUGGCAAGGGAACCAAUUAGGUUUUUGAUGCAGUGGUGGGGGACGUUACAAUCACAGCAAACCGAUCUUUGUAUGUGGACUUUACUUUGCCUUAUACAGAGUUAGGUGUGGGCAUGGUGGUGCCUAUUGAGAUUGGAAAAGCCAAGAACAUGUGGAUCUUUUUGGAGCCUUUGACAGUGGACCUUUGGCUUGUUAGUGGUGCUUUUUUCAUUUUGACAGGGUGUAUUGUUUGGUUCAUAGAACGCAAAAUCAAUGAUGAGUUUAAGGGCUCAAGGGCUCAACAAGUUGGAAUGAUACUCUGGUAUUCAUUCUCAACCCUGGUAUUUUCACAAAGUAAGUAACACUUGAUAAGUGUUUUGUAUUUCUAUAUCUAUAAAUCACCAUCAAAGACUUCACAUUUUAUGCAUUUGACAGGGGAAAAGUUGAUAAGCAACUUGUCCAAGUGUGUGGUGAUUGUAUGGCUAUUUGCUGUACUCAUACUAACUUCAAGUUACACUGCAAGUUUGAGUUCAAUGCUAACCGUCAAUCGACUUCAAAUGCUUCGGAAAGGGAGUUUUAUAGGUUAUCAAUAUGGAUCGUUAAUUGGAGAAAUACUUAAUAAUUUGAAUUUUGCAAAUUCCUCGCUUGAAACAUAUGGAUCUAUUGAAGGCUAUGCUCAUGCCCUAAUAGAAGGGAGUAAAAAGGGUGGAGUUUCUGCUAUCAUUGAUGAGAUACCUUACAUUAAGCUCUUUCUUGCACAAUAUGGUGACCAGUACACCAUGAUGGAACCUGAAUAUCUUACCACCAAUGGAUUUGGAUUUGCUUUUCCAAAAGGGUCCCCUUUGGUCCAAGAUAUUUCAAGGGCAAUAGCAAAGCUAAGAGCAGAUGGUGAACUUCAUAAGAUACAACAAACUUGGUUUCAAGACCACUCAGUUUUUAAGAAGCAAGAAUCUUUAACAAAACCAAGCAUCCUUGACUCCUAUAGCUUUCGUGGCCUCUUUCUGGUCACGGGUACCUCUUCAACUCUAGCCUUGAUCAUAUUCUAUGUUUUCCUGAUCAAGAACAAAUUAACCAGUGAAGGACAACCUCAGCUUUGCAAUCGGAUUGCGCAAGAACCUUUAUCUGAUGAUAGUAUUAGUAUGUCUGCAGCUGCACUAGACAUUUCAGACCAUCCAACUGAUAACAAUAUCUCAACUGAAGGAGAAGAGAAUUUGAGUGACACUGAUAAUGGAAACCAACCUUCAUAACUAUUAGGUGCAGAAAUACAAUUCAAAUGACUAACAAUUAUUAGAUGACAGUUAUCCUGCAAAUGAAUUCUAGUGGUUUAUAUGAACUUUUUAAAGUAUUUGAUCCAACUUAUGAUGAAAUGUGUGCAAAAGGAGUGGAGAUCAAAAUCACUGACAACUGUUUCGGGAGAGUAUG